ACAAAAAAAUAACAACCUAAUUUCCCAGAUACACUUUGGCGGUAACCAUAGCAACGUUGCCGCAGAGCAGUUGAAAGUUGGUAGAUUGAAAAUAUCAACAAAUAUUUUAUUUUGUGCCGAAAAACGUUGAGAUAAAAUAUCAUAAUAUGUCUGAGCCACCAAACUCCAGCAGUUCAUCUUCAGGAACAGAAGAAGGACGUUCAACUCCGGACAUCUUGAUCUGUGAGAGCGAUGAGAGGUUCUUCAGGUCUCUGGAGGAGUUCACCGAGCAGGAGAAACGGUACCUGCGGUGUCCAGAGGAGGGACCGGACGAGCUCCGGUACAUCACAUACCGCCACGUGUUUGAUAAGGUGAUUGGACGAGCGACGGCCUAUAAGAGGCUUCUGCUGACCAUAAAGGCGGAGUAUGAUGAUGUAAUCAGGGUGCUGCAAAUGAGGGAGGAUGAGGCCAGGACAGCCCGGCGAACACUGGCGGCCUCGACAUCACACCCAGAAUCACUAGUGACCUGCCAGAGACGAGCCGCCCACCUGAGAGACAGAAUCGGUGUCAUUCAGAGGCAAACAACACAACUUGGAGAGGAGAUGGAGACACUGAAAUCAUCUAAAGAGCAGAGCACAUGGAUACCUGGUUUGACGGUAGCUGAAUCAGAGGAUCCCGAGGCUCUGGACAGACACCUGAAGCAACUCGAAGCCCAGAAAGCUGCUCUACUGGACAGGAAGAGUGACUGCGUCUCUCUUGAGGUCAAAGCUGAGCUGGACGCCAAGCUGCAGACCGCCGAGGACCACAGAGACCAGCUGAGCACCAAGAACAACCAACUGAUAGUCCUAUACAAGCGUCUGAGGUUAGUGUCCGACCGUCUGUCCAGCUGGGAGGACGAGAAGCAGCAAGUUCCACUGGAGGAACUCUUGGGUUCCACACUGGAGAACGUCAGACAGACCAGCGUGACAGACGACGAGGCCCGCAGCAUCGAUGCAGAACUGUUUGAGCACGAAGAGCCGACUGGAGUCGACGAGUCCAAACUCCUGUCAGAUUACUUGAACAGGUUCAUUGAGCUCUUUGAUUCGGCUCAGUAUGAGGAAGCUGCUCUCCUCGCUGCCGGAUCUCCUCGAGGAGUCCUGAGGAACCUCGAAACCAUGGUGCUGUUUAAAGGUGUGAAGGGGUCCCCGGGGUCUCUCCCCCCUCUCUUCCUCUUCCUCCAGGCCCUGCUGAUGACAGUUGUGGCCGGUAAGGAGCUGCCGGCUGCUCUCUCCCUGCAGCUCGUCCACUGUGCCCUGCAGCACGGCGCCACGCAGUUCGUCGCCCACGCCGUCAACAACCACAAACUGACCUUCUCUGAGGAUGUGGGCGACGUCCUGACUGAGCAUGCUCAGGAGAACUCCAGCGUGGCCGACGUGUGUCUGGCGAUGGCCACCGAGGCCUACGAGGCCUGCAGGUCGGGCAGGAAGAGCGCACUGAGCAUGUGCCGGAGAGGCUUGAUCCACAGCGCCGCCAAGUUCAUGAACCACUGCGAGUACUUCACAGCUGAGGACUGUAUGUGGGUUCUGUGUUGCUCGCCCAGCCUCUCUCUCCUCCAGCUCUUGACGGCGCCUCAGCAGGGCCGAGCGGCCAUCUUGUCAGUGGGCGUGACCUGUUCCGCUCUGCUGGCCGACCCUCAGCAGCAGCAGCUUGCUCUGCAGCUCCUGGACAGCUUUGUCAGCAGAGGACGAGGGGUUCUGGAGGAGGUGAUCCUGCAGGACAGUAGCUCUCCAGUGGACGUUUGGAUCGUCGUGGCAUCUCUGUGCUCUGAGCUGAACCGGGCUGACCUGAGCCAGGCUGUCCUGUCCGUCCUGCUGGACCAGAGCGGGACCAGGGUCUUGUCCCCGGACCUGGAGGGAGCCCGGCUCAUGGAGCACAUCUUCGAGUGAAAAUUUAAUCUGAAAGGAAGAAUAACCACAGCUGAAUGACUCCAAACUUCCCACAAAGCAAUAAACAUCAGCUAUUAA